AUGAUUUGCGGGCGGGUGCGGGUGUCUCCUNCGAAGAAACCCAAGGCGACGGCGACCGGAGGAGCUAAGAAGCCGAAAGCGAAGCCCACCCACCCGAAGACGUCCGAGAUGGUGAACAACGCCAUCAAAGAGUUGAAGGAGCGCAGCGGUUCCUCGCUGCAGGCCAUCAAGAAGUACAUCGCGGCUCAGUACAAAGUGGACGCUGAAAAAUUGGCACCUUUCAUCAGGAAGUACCUGAAGAGCGCCGUCGAGUCCGGCGCUUUGAUCCAGACCAAGGGCAAGGGCGCUUCCGGUUCGUUCAAAUUGGAAUCCAAAUCUGCGGCAUCCAAGAAGCCGGCGGCGAGCAAGCCCGCCAAGGGCGCCGCCGCAGCGUCGGCCAAGUCCAAGAAGGUGACGGCCGCGUCGGCCGCCGGCAAGGCGAAGAAGGGCGCCGCCUCGAGCGCCGCAUCGUCGCCCUCGAAGGCGAAGCCCUCCGCCGCCACCAAGGACAAGAAGGCGGCCGCCGCGAAGAAGAAGCCCGCCGCCAAGAAACCCGCCGCCGCCGCCAAGGGUAAGGCCGCCGCUGCGCCGAAGGCCAAGAAGACCGCCAAACCGCCAACCANAAUAUCCCUACUUGUGUUACGGCCGAUACGGAUCUGA